GGUCGUCCACUAGCUGUUUAACGCACGAGCAAAGCAAAAGCAAUAUGGCGAAGUGUGUCACGAGCACGGUUGGACGUAGUGCUGUUUGAAAGAAUGAAAGUCUACGGUAUGGGUUGAUGAUAAUGCGUCGCAAGGAUGAAUAUGUGAUUGACGAGACAGUGUGUACGUUUUUGCAUCUCAUUGUUUUUACUGUGAUUUAUCAAUAACGUGUGCGGGAAUUGAUCGUGUGAAUCAUGGCCACGGAUAAAAUAAAAGUUGCUGUUCGGGUCAGACCGUUUAAUCGGAGAGAAUUGGAACUUGGCACACAAUGCGUCGUAGAGAUGACUGGACAACAAACCAUACUUCAACAUCCCACGACUAUGGAUAAAAUUGAAAGAAAUAAACCCAAGACAUUUGCAUUUGAUCACUGUUUCUAUUCUAUUGAACCUGGAGCAGAAAACUUUGCCAGCCAAGAUGUCGUCUUUGAUGCACUUGGCCGCGAUAUCUUGGACAAUGCAUUCCAGGGAUACAAUGCUUGCAUUUUUGCCUAUGGACAAACUGGAUCUGGGAAGUCUUACACAAUGAUGGGCAGUGGAGACAACAAAGGCAUCAUUCCAAGAUUAUGUGACAAUCUUUUCGACAUGAUUGCAAAGCAACAAAGCUCUGAAUUGACGUAUAAAGUUGAAGUUUCGUACAUGGAAAUUUAUAAUGAAAAAGUUCAUGACUUGUUGGAUCCAAAGCCUAAUAAGCAAUCCCUCAAAGUCAGAGAGCACAAUGUUUUAGGACCUUAUGUUGAUGGAUUGAGCCAACUUGCAGUCACAUCGUAUCAGGAUAUUGAUAAUCUAAUGACAGAAGGAAAUAAAUCCCGAACAGUAGCAGCAACAAACAUGAAUUCAGAAAGCUCACGUUCUCAUGCUGUAUUUUCUGUAGUUCUAACCCAGACUUUAACGGAUUCAAAAAGCGGAGUAACUGGUGAGAAAGUGUCUCGAAUGAGUCUUGUGGAUUUAGCUGGAAGCGAACGGGCUGUGAAAACAGGAGCUGUUGGAGAUAGGCUUAAAGAAGGAAGUAAUAUUAAUAAGUCGCUUACGACAUUGGGUCUAGUCAUCUCGAAACUAGCAGAUCAGAAUUCAGCUGGUGGGAAGAAUCGUGAUAAAUUUGUGCCCUAUCGAGAUUCAGUUCUAACAUGGUUGUUAAAAGAUAACCUGGGUGGUAACAGCAAGACAGUUAUGGUAGCCACGAUAUCACCAGCAGCGGAUAAUUACGAAGAGACUUUAUCAACAUUACGCUAUGCAGAUAGAGCUAAGAGAAUAGUUAAUCAUGCAGUAGUUAACGAGGAUCCAAAUGCAAGAAUUAUCCGUGAGUUACUCCAGGAAGUAGAAACAUUAAAGGAAAUGCUCCUUCACGCUACGGCUCAAGGAUCAUUGGUAGGUCAACGGCGAACGGAUAUUACAGAAAAAAUAUCCGAAUCAGAACGAUUAAUGAAAGUAAUGUCACAAACAUGGGAAGAGAAGCUCGAAGAAAAAGAAAGACUGCAACAUGAAAGACAACAGGCUUUGGAAAAAAUGGGAAUCAGUGUUCAAGCAUCAGGAAUUCAAGUUGAAAAAAAUAAAUAUUAUUUGGUCAACUUGAAUGACGAUCCUAGCCUCAAUGAGCUUUUGGUUUAUUAUUUAAAAGAAAGAACUCUUGUCGGAGGCCGAUCCGCAACGACGGAACAGGAUAUUCAGUUGCACGGACUGGGUAUCUUGCCCGAGCAUUGCGUGAUUACCAUAGAAGAGUCUGGUCUUUAUAUGACACCGUUGAAUGGAGCGAAAUGUUUUGUCAAUGGAAGUCAAGUAGUUGAAAAAACACCUUUACUUCAUGGUGAUCGAAUUGUCUGGGGAAAUCAUCACUUCUUCCGGGUCAAUUGUCCUCGUAGUGCUACUGCGAUCAGCAGUGAACCUCAAACACCGGCACAGAAUAUUGACUACAACUUUGCAAAAGAGGAGCUGAUGUUAAACGAACUGUCUAACGAUCCCAUCCAGCAAGCUAUUGCGAGGCUCGAAAAACAACACGAAGAAGAUAAACAGGUCGCUCUUGAGAAACAGAGGCUGGAAUAUGAACGACAAUUUCAACAACUGCGCAACAUAUUAUCUCCAUCUACUCCCUAUUCUCCUUAUGUACCUUAUGACCCGCUUCGUGGUAGUCACAGUGGCAAACUUCCUGCUUGUACGCCUACAACACAAAUGCGUGUAGAAAAGUGGGCACAGGAACGUGAUGAAAUGUUUAAACGAAGUCUGGGACAACUGAAAACCGAUAUCCUCAAAGCAAAUUCAUUAGUUAAAGAAGCUAAUUUUCUAGCUGAAGAAAUGGGAAAACAAACAAAAUUCAGUGUUACUUUACAAAUUCCACCAUACAAUUUGAGUCCUAAUCGAAAGAGUGUAUUUUUUCAGCGUGGAGCGUUUGUUAGUGAGCCGGCGAUACUGGUAAAACGAGCCAAUAUGGGUAGUCAAGUAUGGACAAUGGAAAAAUUGGAAAAUAAAUUAGUCGACAUGCGGGACAUGUACGAAGAGAAAAAAUAUUACAAUAAUUAUCAGCGAUUGCCAACAGCAAAAGAUGACGGAUCAGAAAAAGCACAAGAUCCAUUUUAUGAGUCUCAGGAACAUCACAAUCUUAUUGGAGUGGCAAAUAUAUUUUUAGAAGUGCUCUUCCAUGAUGUACGGUUGGAUUAUCAUACGCCAAUUAUUAGCCAACAAGGAGAAGUCGCUGGUCGGCUACAAGUUGAAAUUAGUCGUAUUAAAGGGCAAUUCCCUCAAGAUAGAAUAUGCGAAGCUGGAUCAGAUUCUGGAUCUUCUGAGCAUGAAGAAUACUCAGGAUCAAGCCAAGUUACUUGUAGAGUAACGAUAAAACAAGCUAGCGGUUUACCAUUGUCAUUAAGCCACUUUGUUUUUUGCCAAUACACUUUCUGGGGCCAUCCAGAACCAAUAGUCGUAGCUCCAUUAGUAAAUGCUGACUUACCAGUCAACAAUAACAAUAAUAGUCAAAGAGACUCUCUCGCUUUUCAGUUCAAUCACACAAAAGACUUUACCGUUCCUGUUACUGAAGAAUUCAUGGAGCACUGCUCAGAAGGUGCAUUGAGUAUUGAAGUAUGGGGCCACAGAAGUGCUGGAUUCUCUCGUAGCAAGCCUGGCUGGGAAGUAGAACAAAAACAACUUGCUAAAGCACGUUCCCUCGCUGACCGCUGGUCGGAACUGACGAGGAAAAUAGAGCUAUGGGUUGAAAUGCAAGAGUUAAACGAACAAGGAGAAUAUACUCCGGUAGAAGUGGUCACGAAAAAUGACACUCUGACCGGUGGAAUUUAUCAAUUACGUCAAGGACAGCAGAGACGGAUACAGGUCCGAGUUAAGCCCGUACAAAAUUCCGGCACGUUGCCAAUAAUUUGUCACUCAAUUUUGGAUAUAGCCGUUGGCAGUGUGUCUGUAAGGAAUCGUUUUCAAAUACCCCUAGACAGCUAUCAAGAUGAAGAUCUCAGUAUAUUAAGAGAUAAAUGGAGUGAUGCAUUGAUGAGAAGACGACAGUACCUGGAUCAACAUCUUCAGAAGCUUAUGAACAAACAAAAUAAAACUGAACAAGACAUUGAAAGAGAACAAAGUUUAGUUGACCAGUGGGUCAGUUUAACUGAGGAACGAAAUGCUGUUCUCGUUCCUGCUGCAGGCUCUGGCAUUCCUGGAGCUCCUGCUGACUGGAAUCCACCCGCAGGCAUGGAGCCACACAUUCCCGUAUUGUUUCUUGAUCUCAAUGCCGAUGAUCUCUCGACUCAUCAAUCUGGCGAAGAUGUCACUGUGACUGGAUUAAAUUCAAUUAUUCCUAAGGAACAUGGCAAUAAAUUUUUUACUCUGCCAAUUAUUAAACUAUUUGAAAAAGAUGUUUGUGCUAUUGCUGCAUGGGACUCAAGUAUUCAUGAUGACGUACAUUUAAAUCGAGUUACUGAUCCUAAUGAGAGAGUAUUCCUUAUCCUCAAAACUACCGUCCGACUCUCUCAUCCAGCACAGAUGGAUCUUGUCUUAAGAAAAAGAUUAGCAUUAAAUAUUUACAAGAGGCAAAGCAUUGCUGAUCGACUAUUGAAGAGAAUUGUGCGUAAUGACUGUUUAACGCAAACUGGUGUGACUUACGAAGUUGUUUCUAAUAUACCAAAGGCUAGUGAAGAACUGGAAGACCGAGAAAGUUUAGCUCAAAUUGCUGCCAGUGGUGAAGAUAGUGGCUUGUGUGAUGGAGAAACGUAUAUUGAAAAAUACACACGUGGUGUCUCGGCAGUGGAAAGCAUUCUUACCCUAGAUCGAUUACGACAAAGUGUAGCUGUGAAAGAAUUAUUGCAAGCUCAGGGUCAACCGUUGAUGCGCAAGACAGCCAGCGUACCAAACUUCUCGCAGGUACUUCUGCCACUACGACGUCUCGGACGCACUAUCAUGCGGUUCGACACGUCCAUGGAUUCUCUAAGUGUUACCCGCUCGGAGAGUGUUACUGAUCUCAACUCCGAACUUAAUGGCCUACCUCAUCAUCCACGACGAGCAUCUGUUGGUCAUGCGAGAAAUGAAGAUAACUUAUUAAAUACACCAACAAAACCAUUUGGCAUUGCGGUAGUGACACGACAACGACAAGGCUCCAUUCUCAGCUCAGCGAGACCAACUUUUCUGAAUCUCAACCCAAACAACUCACUGACACGUGUGCAACAAACCACCUCUUCCAAGUCGUCUCCAAAUAUGGGAGGUAAACUUGGUCUUCGAAUGACAACUCUACAUGAAGAAACUUCGCACAGUGGUAAUCAUUCAUCGUCCUUGCUUGAAGAUGAUGAUGAAGAUAAAAGUGAUAUUGAUUAUUCUGAAUAUGAAGCGUACAAGGCACCUGCAAAAUUGGUAAAACCAUUAACAACAUCUCGAACCCUCGACUCUCUCGCAGAGCUUCAAUCGACCAAAAUUAAUACUCCAAGUAUGAGUAGCAGUGGAUAUGGAUCUCAAGCGGUUUCAACAACAAAUUUAACGUCGGAUGAUUCGAUUUCGAUAAAAUCUAUUAGCGUGGAUGAAACUCCUGAUGUAGAGUACCGAAAUUUAAUCGAUAGUAAAAAACCGGAAAAGAUGGAUAGUUCUCUAGUAGAAGAAACUCCAGAGGAAUAUUUAGGUGAAAUCAGUACUGAUUUAGAGAAUUUAUCAGUAUCGCAGCAUAAUGCUGAAAAUGCAAAAGAAAAUAUCGAACGACGAGAACGAGAAAAUCCAAUUCACUCUUUCAAAAGCGAUCUAAGAGAGGAGUUAACUUUGAGAAAUGAAAUUGAACCACGGAAUAAAGAAAUUUAUGUAGAGCAAAAUGUCGACAAAAGAAAUGAGAUGGAAAUAAGUCAAAUUUCAGGUUCUAGUGACGAUAGUCCUUUGGAAGGAAAUGCAGUUAUCCAUACAAAAUUGACACCAGGAAAAGUAGUACGACGACGUAAGUUAUCUGGCAAUUCAUCAAGAAUUCAAAACAGUCAACACAGAGCUUCAUUUCCAAUGGUCCGUCCACAUUUCUCUGAAAGUAAAGUUGCUGCCAGAUUAGAGCAAUCUUUAACGUCAGAUAUGGGCUACGAAAAUGGUGACAAUAGUUCAUCUGAACGUAUUGAUGAUGAUGUAAGUGACAAAAGCUCGGCUUUUGGUUCGCGACAUGAUUUGACGAGAAUCGAGCCACCACUACCUGACUGGGUGGUUGUUGGAGAGUCAGUGAUGGUACGGCCUUAUACUUAUUGUGGGGUAAUUGCCUAUAUUGGACCUACAGAAUUUGCUUCUGGAACUUGGAUAGGAGUGGAACUUGAUGCUCCAACUGGGAAAAAUGAUGGUGCUGUAAAUGGUCAUCGCUAUUUUACAUGUCGACCUAAAUGUGGAAUAUUCGUUAAAGUGGAUAAAUUGAUUCAAGAUAGGAGGGGUAGAGCUUUAAGGACUUUCACCAAACAGGAAACUUUACCACCACCAUCAGCAAUGCGUCGAAGUGCCAGUCGAGGUGAAGGAUUGCAUUCAUUGCAUCGAAGUCGAAGUCGUGGAGAAGGCCUCUCAACAACUGGUACCCGAUAUCCACCUCGUGGCAAAUGAGCGGGAUUAUAUUAUCGGGUUCGACCUAAUUUGAAAAAAGUAAUAUCCUAGUUGCUACAUGCCUACAAUAUAUGUAGCGGCGAUGUUUUCAGUCCUUUAGAAAUUAGGGCAGCUAAUUGAUAAUCAAUAAAAUACCCAAAAUAUUUGGAGCAUUAGUACAUUCAUUUUGAGAAGGAUCAUUCAAAAGAAAUGGAAAAAAAAGCAAAAAAAAAAAUUAUCAAAAAAUUAAUUAAAAAAAAUUUCAAAGAGAUAAAGCCGAAAAGGCAUAUUUAUCUAUUCACAUAUUUUAGAAGUAGACUCAGUACAUUGAAUAAAAAAACAAUGGAAAAAUUAUACUAGUUAUUAAUAAAUAAUUUUUAAGCAUUCCAUAGCAUUUAUUUUAAUUUAUUAACUUCAGUUUUUUUAAAAUUGUACUCAUACGAAUCAUUGUUAUAUAAUAGAAAUAAAUCUACGUGAUUUUAUUGAUUUCAUUUAUUAUUAUAUAAAUAAUUUGAACCACAAUUUAGAUGCUCCGCGCCUAAAUAUGACAUUUAAGAUGUGUAAAAUUCAUUAUACUACGUAUUAAAGACACGUCGAAUUUAGAAAAGUAAAUUUCGACACAUUUUCCAAUACGAAUACUUUCCAAAAUUGUUAUGCAAUUUAUAAUAAUGGAAAAGUGUCGUGUAUUAAUUCAACAUAAAAAACAUACCCAAUAAACUCAGAAUUAUCUACCAUGUUGUGUAGACUGUUUAAAGAUUUUAUAUAUAUACAAUUGUUUCAUAUAUUGUAUUUUUUUAGCGCAAUCUGUUAAUUAAGUUUUUUUUAUCGUAAAUUGUACCAUAAAUCAUUUCUUCUCUAUUAUUUUUUUAUGUUAUUACAUGAGUACGAAAAUUAUUUAUAAUUAUUGCUAUUAUUUUUAUGUUCAUUAUAAUUAUUAUAAUAAUAAUUAUUUGUAUCAUUAUUACUUUUAUGAAAUAAUAGGACUUUGAUAAGCCCUUUUUAUAAAUUAUUGUUUUUCGAAAAAACAAUUAGAAUUUUAGUGAUUUAUGUGCAGUAGAGAUGCAAUAUUAGUGAAAUAAGUUAAGCCAUUGGGGAGUAAAUAAUGAGCUUAUUUGAUUAUAUCAAUUGUUUAUUAUUUAAUAUUAAUUUAAUUGUAAAUUUUUGUAAACUGUGACUGGUCAAUUAGUGUUAUAAUUUGUCGUUUGGAUUUAAAAUUUAACUAACAUGUAAUAAAUCCUCGAUAUAUUUAUCACACAAGAUCAGAAAUUAAUUGAUUUGGCUCAUGGAAACCUAGUCUUCUAAGUAAUGGAUCCUUUUACAAAGCAAAAUCAAAUUGUAAUGGACUAUAAUAUUUUUCGAAAACCUUCCUUGUGAAGUGAGUGAAAUAAUAAAUAACAAUACAAAUAAGAUAAAAUACAAAAACAAGUAAAGACCGUACAUUUAAGAUUUAAAUGAAAUUUGUCCAUAUUGUGAAAAAAGCUAUUCCUGUCCAUUUAGAACAAUACUAAUAUUAUCACUAAAUGUAUUAUUACAUGUAAUAUUUAUUGAAUAAAAUAAUUAUCUUAAUUGUAACGUUUGCUUCUCGUAUUAAUAAUUAAAUUUAUUUGAAUAUUCAUUAAAAUAUUUCCGUUCGUAAUAAUAACAAUAAAAAAAAUAUUAAUAAUAAAAUUGAAUACGAUAAGUAAACGUUAUGAUUAAAAGCACCUGUCCAUUUUUGGUAAUUGAAAUUGUUAAAAGAAAAAUAAAACACAAUUAAUGAAAAAAAGUACUCAUGUCACAGCAACGCCAAUAAAGAUACAUAUUUUGGCAACUAUCAUUAUAAAUAAAACUAUAAUUUCAUUCUCAUUUGAUUUAUUAUACUUUUUAAUGUUAAUAAUACAUUCAAACACAUAA